CCAUCAGAUAAUUCAGCUCUGUUGUCAGAGCUUCUAGUAUUUUUAACGUUAUUAAAAACUCAACAAUAAACACUGUUUUUUCGUUUUUGAUCCUCGAAAAUUGUCCAACUAUUUCGGCUAACGAUAUCCGCACUCGAGCCGUCACCUGCAGUGAAUAAUAAACUCGGGAAAUAAACUAAAUUCUAACUCCUGGUAGUAAAUCCAUCGGAAGUUAAGUUACUUGCAAACAAGAUGACGGACGCCGAUCGCGGACUACUUUAUCUUUAUGAUAGACCGUCUGAGCCGGUUUAUGUUCCCAAAGGGGAAGAGAAAGUCGCUUUUGACAUUCCUUCUGAUUAUUUGCCGGAGCGAUAUCAAGCAUUGGCAGUGCAAGUGUUCAAUCGAUUCAGCGAGGAUACUGAAAUGAAAAUUCCGGUGAAGCAAAUCAGCCUGCCAGAUUUAACGAUUCCAAUGCAACUGGAUCGGCGAACGUCUUUCUCGCUUUUCAUUCCAGCGCAUCGUAAAAUCGCAGGCCGGCUGAUCGACAUUUUCAUGGGGAUGCGAACUGUCGAGGACUUUCUCUCGGUAGCCGUCUAUUGUCGGGACCGUCUUAAUCCCAAUAUGUUCAUCUACGCGCUCUCUGUUGCGAUUUUGCACCGGCCUGACACAAAACAUCUGCCAGUUCCGUCAUUCGCUGAAGUAUUUCCGGACAAGUACGUCGAGAGCGGAAUUUUCUCCCGCGCCAAGGAAGAAGCCAAUAUCGUUCCAGCUGGCUCUCGGGUUCCUAUCGAGGUUCCACGAGAUUACACAGCGUCAGACCUUGACGAGGAGCACCGCAUUGCUUAUUGGCGAGAGGAUGUUGGUAUCAAUCUUCAUCACUGGCACUGGCAUCUCGUCUAUCCUUUUGAAGCUGACGCUCGCAUCGUCAACAAGGAUCGACGCGGAGAACUCUUUUACUACAUGCAUGAGCAAAUACUGGCCAGAUACAACUGUGAGCGGCUUUGCAACAACCUGAACCGAGUCUCGCGCCUGAACGAUCUCCGAGAGCCAAUUCCCGAAGGGUACUUUCCGAAAUUGGACUCAUUAGUAGCCAGCCGAACGUGGCCCUCCCGUCCAGCUGACACCCGAUUGAAGGACAUCAACAGACCGGUCGACUCGCUUCAAGUGGACAUCCAGGACCUCGAGAGAUGGAGAGACAGGAUAUUUGAUGCAAUCCACACUGGAACAGUAACGACAGCUCGGGGUGAAAGGGUUCCCCUGACUGAAAAAGGAGGAAUAGACGUUCUCGGGAACAUUAUCGAGGCGAGCAUUCUAACACCCAAUCCUAAUCUUUACGGAGAUUUUCAUAAUCUCGGACACGUCAUCAUUUCUUAUUGCCAUGAUCCAGACCAUCGCUAUCUGGAAUCCUUUGGAAUAAUGGGGGACUCUGCUACCGCAAUGAGGGAUCCUGUUUUUUACAAGUGGCACGCUUUCAUCAAUGACAUCUUUUUAGAGCACAAGAAUACUUUGCCGGCUUACGAGAUGCCUCAACUGAACUUCAACGGGGUAGAAUUAUCUGGCGUGCAAGUAAUCACUCCAAAUCAGAGCCCAAACACGCUAAUCACAUACUGGAACCAAAGCGACCUGGACCUGUCUCGCGGUUUGGAUUUCACGCCCCGCGGGUCAGUUUUGGCGCGAUUCACCCACUUGAACCACGCUUCAUUUAUCUAUCGGAUCCAAGUUAACAAUCGGAGCAACUCACCCCAAACAGGAACCUGCAGAAUUUUCAUUGGGCCAAAAUUCGACGAGCGCAAGUUGCCGUUUUCAUUCCGCAUCCAAAAGGACCUCAUGAUUGAAAUGGAUAAAUUCACAGUCCAACUUAAACCGGGUCAGAACACAAUUGAACGGAGAUCAACAGAAUCAUCGGUAACAAUACCCUAUGAAAGUACCUUCCGCAAUUUGGAUCUCAAUAGACCCGGCGGAGGUGAUAGUCUCGAACAAUUCAACUUUUGUGGGUGUGGAUGGCCUCAGCACAUGCUUUGUCCGAAAGGCAGAAAGGAGGGCUUUCCCAUGGAGCUUUUUGUCAUGAUCUCUGAUUACAAGGACGAUCAGGUGCCGCAGGACGAGCCGCGGGCCUGCAAAAACGCAGCAAGUUAUUGCGGACUCCGUGACAGAAAAUACCCGGAUGCCCGGUCAAUGGGUUAUCCAUUUGACCGACGACCCCGCAAUGGAGUUGAAAGCUUGCGGCAAUUCCUCACCGCAAAUAUGGCACUGACGGAGAUAAGCGUGAGAUUCAAUGAUGCCGUGGUACCGCGAACCAGAUCUGGCAGCAUUGAUAAUGGGCUAACUUUCUCAUAAAUUAUUAACUAAUUUUUGGUUUGAUAAUUGCUUGUGACUAUUUCAAACUUCGGCCAACUCUCUAUGAUUAUUAUCACCAUUAUAUUAUAUUACACACUAUCUUCUUCUACUUUAACAAGUAUUGCAAAUGUUAAUUAAAAACGUGGCAAUAAAAAUAAAAAAAUA